AAUGAGCACAGACGAGUUCAGUUACAGGAUUUCUGUCUCAGCUCCAGUAAUUGUCUUUUUGCUUCUUUUCGCCCUCAGACCUGCUGGAGGUCAGUUUCAUGUGGUUGGACCUCUUCAGCCUAUCACGGCUGCUCCCGGUGAUGAUGUCAUCCUGCCCUGUCAUGUGGAACCAAAGUUUAAUGUGGCCGAGCUGACGGUGGAGUGGUCAAAGCCGGACCUCCGACCUGACCCCAACGAUCGGCUGAGCAGAGUGGAAUAUGUUCAUCUUUACAGAGACGCCCGUGAGGUCCCCGACAUGAAGCUCCCAUCAUACAUCGGGAGGACGGAGUUGUUCACCGACGGCCUGAGAGAAGGAAACAUCUCUCUAAGAAUCACUAAUGUGACCCUCGAAGAUGAAGGAAGAUACAGAUGUUUCAUCCCAAAGUUAAAGAGCCAAACAAAGUCUUCAGUUGUUCGUCUGAUUGUUGACCCAAGUUCAGCACAAACAGGGACAACCGAGACACCACUGCAUCCUGAAAAUUUCCAUACUCCUGAAGAGAGAGAUACUAAAGGUUCUUUGUCCCAUCAGAGCCAAGUCAUCUCACUUGUCGUUUUCUGUGUGUUGAUCCUCCUCUGUGUUGCAGUCGGAGGAUACUUGUUCACUAAGUCAAAGAGUCAAAAAGCAGAAAUUCAAAGCAUCAACCCCUCCAGCCACUUGUGGACACUUUGGACGUACAGAAGGAUUGUUUGAGGAGUUCCUCUAAUGUGUUUGAACCCAAAUGAACUUUAACCCCUGUAAAUGAUGUCAGACAGGUUUAAGUAUAGAAAUAACUUUAAUCAUUUGAGCCAAGGUUGACAUCUGGCAUCAAAGUGGAGGGUUACUCUCAAAUCUGUUAGUGGCGUGUUGUGCUGCGGCGCUUUAUAUGUUUUAAUUGUGUCGACAUGAAAGUUGAUUUUUGUGUGACUUUGACCAAUUUUGUGUCCAAGGUAACUUGCAUAUUUAGGUCACUUCAAUAAAAUUGUAUUUAUAUAGCGCCAAAUCACAACAUUCACCUCACGGCACUUUAUAUUCUAAAUAAGACCAUCCUGUAAUUACAGAGAAAACCACACGGUCAAAACAACCCCCUAUGAGCAAGCAUUUAGCGACAGUGGGAAGAAAAAAACUCCCUUUUAACAGGAAGAAACCUCCAGCAGAACCAGGCUCAG